UCAGAAGAUAAUUGGAGGAGUAGACCUACAAGCAAGAUUCCCUUUCUUUGGAAGUCUUAUUUAUAUCAACUUCAACAGGCUGCACCGAUACCUAAACGUAUUGUUUGUAAUUAUGAAAUACGAAGCAGACCUUCUCACUAUGGUAGAGAGUUUCAUGGAAAAAUAUCUCGUGAAGAAGCUGACAGACUACUCCAAGAAGGAGAUGGAUGUUAUCUUGUCAGAGAAAGUCAGAGGGCAAAUGGCCAAUAUACACUUAGCAUGAGAUUUGGAGGAAUUACCAAAAAUUUUCGAUUAUAUUAUGAUGGUAAACAUUACGUUGGAGAGAAAAGAUUUGAUACAAUACAAGAUUUAGUAGCAGAUGGUCUAAUCACUUUAUAUCUUGAAGCACAUGCUGGAGAAUAUAUUGCAAUGAUGUGUGUUGAAUCCAGAUAUGAGGAUAGCCCCUAUAUGACUCUUAAUUCAUAUAAGAGAAGAAGAUUAAAAAAAAAUAAACAUCGUCAAAGUCUUAAUAGUCAUAAAGAUCGCAGUCUUGGUAAAUCGGAUUCUAAUCAUAUUGAUUCAUCUGAUAGUUGUGAGAAAGCUACUUCAGAGAUAAAUGUGUCUCCUUCUCGAGAUACAUUAGCAAAUGAUAUUGAUGUUCAACAGUUUCAGAAGCCUCAUUCUUUUAAGGAAGAGCAUAUUAAUUCAAUCUUAUACGAUCUUACUACCGAAAUUACAAAAGGGAAAUAG